AUGACCGAUACACUCCGCUCGACUGUGCGAUUUCCGCCCCUUCGGCAGGCCCGAGGGACGGUGCUUAAUACUAUAAUGGAGGAUACACGCGAAUCACAUUUCGCUCAAACAAAUCCGAAAGGCGCAAUACCUUCCAGACUCACACCGGUAGCUAUCAGUCCCAAGUUGAAGUUGCAGACCAGCGGGUUGUCAGUGCCAACACAUGCCCGGCUCGCACGCCUAAUGUCACCCCUCUCGGCUGGGACUACCUCGUCAUGCUCAGAUACAGAAUGGCAGUCUCAGAUGCAAGGAUUCCAAGGAUACGACGACUUGUAUGAUGCCACAGACUGUGAUAGUUUUGAUGACAAUGAGACCGAAUUUAGCGAUUCGUGCUUUUCUCCGGAUACGCGGCCAUCGAGCUUGAUUACGCCAAUUACCCGCAACUCGGUGACCUCAACUGGGAGUCAGAAGCUUUCUCUGACACUCAAGAUUCCCUCGUCUACGAUGUGGCCAUCAAUUAACGGGUCCCUCAAGGGAUCUCCAGUCCCGCCGACGCCUCCAGCCAAGAUUCCGGUCUCGCCAGCAGCGCUGUCGAUGCUCAGCCGUUCUGUACCUGCCUCGUAUGCUCCACCUUCACUCGAUGGGAGUAUGACUUCGGACCAGGAAUCCAUCAUCAGUGCAUUGGCUACACCGGACACUCAAUCUCUGCCAGACACCAGCUGGGAGGCCCAUGAUAUACAUGUUCGCCGAGAUAUGGAGGGAAGUGAGAGCGACCUAGACAAUGGCGAUGCCAGUUCAGACAUUCAGACUGUACCCAUUGCCAUCGAGACCGAGCAUGAGGACUGGCGUCAUGUUCUGGGAAAUUUCCCCCGGAUUCCCACCGCUCAGGCAUACUCACCCUCGCUCUCGUCCGCGCCAUCCUUUUAUCUGAAUAACGAACUAAUUCCCGAAUAUGAUGACUUGUACGACCCCCCGGCGCCUAGUAACCAAGGUGCCUCUCUGCCCGACCCGGCAAUGCUACACCACACUCACUUGGAUGGAACACCCGACUCGUGUUCUGAGACCUCGGAAGAUAAUGGCGAGAUGUGGCAACUCCAGCCGCCUCCCAACCGCCCGAGGAGUGCUGACGGGGUCACCCCCGCGUCUGAACUGUCUGGAUACAGUUUCACCGACUUGAGCAUUCCAUCUCCCGGUGGCUUCUUUGCCUCUCUGGCGCCCCGUGCACGUCAUACGUGGGCAAUCCCCAACACCAAUUACCAGCCAACGUCGGCGGCUGCAGAGGGUUUCUACAAUCUUCCUUGGCGUCGGGAUGAAGGAGAGAUUGUCGAGCAGGUAGUUGAGUGGCCUGAGCGCCCUGUUGAUGAAGCUCCAGUCACCGCGGUUCGUGACGAAGAGGCCCCGCUUACUGCCAUUCGACUUCCCUGUGACACCCCCACUCGUCGGUCUAUCUACCAGGAUAGUCCCAUGAGUGCUGCAUUUGACGCAGUACAGGUUCAGGAGAUCCCCCGCUCUGGGAACGGGUAUGAGUACGAUGAGUGCUAUGAUCAAGAGCUGCAGGAACGUGCAGUUGCAAAUCACGACCGCACCAGUGUCUGGCUGUCUGCUCAAGCAUCCUACCUCUCCGCUCUCAAUGAGACGAAUCCGGUGAAUGACAUUGAGCCUGUCGAACCAUCCGAGGCUUCUGACAAUGUCGAGCCUGAAGCCGAAGGCACCACAGAAGAUUCAUCCAAGAAGAUGGUGCGAUUCGCUGAAGGCGUUCCCGAGUCCCUUAGUCCUCUGCCUCCGUUCCUUGCCAGCAAGGACUCAAUUUACUGGCAAGGCUUCCAGUCUAUUCGGGCACGGUCAACCAAGACCGACGGGUUCAUGCACCGCAACAUGCGCUACGACGCUGUGCAAUCUAUGCGUCUCGCCAUGACUGACUUGCACAUCAACUGCUUGCUGGGCAAGUAUGAGCUUGUUCGCCCGGAACGCCCUGCAUACAAGGGUCCUUUCGCCAAGGCACCCCGGAACUCGGUUAUCACCACUGAACUGGCCGAGAAAGCUCAAUUCGACAAGGUGGAGAAAGAGCAGCUGGUUCUUGCUCAGCUCUCCCAGCCCAUGUGGGCCAUGGAUGCUCUCCGGUCUCUCAACGGCGGCAAUCUGCUCACCAGUCCUGCCCAGCGCGUGCUUGCCCGAGCCUCAUCAAAGCCCAGGUCCACGCAGGGACCACGCAAGCGCAGUUUCCGCAUUCUGGACCUUGGCGGUCACUCCUCCUGCGACUGGGCUUGGCAGGCCGCAUACGAGUUCCCAAAUGUCAAGGUUUACACUGCCACCUCCAACGGUCAGACCGUAAACAGCGCCAUCAAAGGCCCCUCUAACCACCGCCAGGUGACCGUCGCCAACCUCUGGGAGCUGCCAUUUGGCAACAACCAGUUCGACGUCAUCUCUGCGCGCUCGUUGCACGCAUUGCUGAAGACCGAGUGUCCCGCAGGGAAGGACCGUGACGAGUAUGACCUGGUUCUGAAAGAAUGCAUGCGAUGCCUCAAGCCCGGCGGCUACCUCGAAUUCCAAGUGCUGGAUGCCGAGAUCUCGCGGGCCGGGCCGUACGGCAAUACAACGUCAGUGGAGUUCGCCUUCAACCUGCGCAACCGCGGGUACGACCCACUGGCAUCCAAGAGUUUUGUUGGUCGUCUCCGCCACAGCGGAUUCGUUGACACCCAGCGCGCGUGGAUGUUCCUCCCCAUGGGCACCGAGCCCAUCGAGCAGGAGCCGCUGCGCGAGACUCCCGCACCGCGUGUGCAGAGCCAAAUUGAAGAUUACGAGGCGGUGCAGGGGCCGAUUGGCAGUACUGCCGAUAUUGCCAGCAUGACCGGAUUGAUUGGGGGGUGGAUGUGGGAGCAGUGGUUACUGAAAUUGCGAGUAGAGAUGGGUCGUGAACGGUCUAUGUUGCUUGAGGGUCUUGGUGGGCUAUUUGAUGAAGGGCGGAAGAGUGGCGCGGGCUGGACCUGCCUGUCUGGAUGGGCGAUGAAGCCGAAGCGGAGUGUGUCUUUGGCUUCGUCUAUCUAG